UCACCGAGCUCCCACUUGGAGAAGUUUUUUGUAACGCCAGAAGAAAUAUAUGCCACAGCUACAGGACCUUUCAGCGCACAGCUCCACAUGAACAAGAGAAGAAGAUUGCAGAUUUUUCACCUUGAAAGAUCAGCCGUCAACACUAUGCGGUGAGAUUUCUAAGAUCAAAUUUCUCUGACAUCGCUGUUUAUCAACAUCGCUCACUAUGUGUGUGACCGAUAGAUUUAUUUCUUCCCCAGAAAACUAUUAAAGAGUGUUGUAUCCUUGAAAUUUGAUUGCCAUGGCAGCUGCUGACUUCAUGUCUGUCUUCGAUUACUUGAAUGAGCAGAAUAUUACAUUAGCAAACCAAACCUGGAUCACUUGCGUAAAUGACUCUGACUGUUUGACCUGGGAGAUUUAUAAUUGUCUACAAGAUAUCAGUAAGAAGGCCAUCCUGCAUACGAUAUCGUUCUUUUACAUCCUGAUUUUUAUCAUUGGUUUGGUGGCCAACAUCGUUGUGGUGUAUGUGAAUGUGAAGACGAAUCGUUCAAGACAUGAGACACACUUCUACAUCCUGAACCUGGCCAUUGCAGACUUGUGUGUGGUAAUCACCCUUCCUAUCUGGGUCACAUCUUUCCUUCAGCAUGGUACUUGGCCCUUUGGAGAGUUCAUGUGCAAAUUUGUUCACCUCAUCUUCACUGUCAACCAGUUUGGGGGUAUCUUCUUCUUGACAUGCAUGAGCGUGGACAGAUAUGUCUCAGUCACGAGGCUCCAAGAUUCUAUGGACCGAAAGAAAGCGUGGACCCGUAAAGUAAUCUGUAUGUUGAUUUGGAUGUUUGCCUUUCUGGUGUCCGUUCCAGAUCUAAUUUUCUUGAAAGUGAAUAGCCACCAUGGGGAUCAACCUAUCUGUCAUCUGUCUUACCCUGAGGAAAACUUCAGACAAUGGAUGGCGGGGAUGGAAAUGUUCUGCAUCCUGAUAGGAUUUAUUUUCCCUUUCCUCAUUAUUGCAGUUUUCUAUUUCCUCCUAGCUACAGCCAUCCCAAUCACAAACGACCCGGAGAGGAAAAAUUGCCGGAAGAUAAUAUUUGCCUAUGUCAUUGUUUUCCUUAUCUGCUGGUUUCCUUAUCACUCUGUUCUGUUUCUUGAUGUUUUGUGGUUCCUAAACCUUUUAUCUUUCAGUUGUCAACUAGAAAAGUUCAUAAUCGUUGCUCUAAACAUCACUCAGUGUCUAUCUUUGAUGCAUUGCUGUGUCAACCCUGUCCUCUACAGCUUCAUCAACAAAAACUAUCGAUAUGAUCUUAUGAAAGCUUUUAUUGUCAAAUACUCUGUCAAAUCUGGCAUCAUGAAACUUAAGGACACAACUGAAACAGAGUGUUGCAUACUAGAAUGCCCUUAAUGUAACACUCCAUUUUAGAUCAGAUAUUUCCUUUCAAAGACUCAACUUCGCUAUUAUGACAAUUCUACUGAAUGAUUCAAUUGGGCAGAAAGAUUUGAAAUGCUGAUUAGAUAUUUCCAGGAACGCUGGACAAGAUUCUAAUUGAGGGAGUUUAUGAAUGCAAGUAUACUCUUAGCAGAUUUUAUACAGCCAAUUAACCUUCAAUUUCACAAAUAAACCACAUGUAUUGCGUAGUAGAAACAAGGAACUGCAGCUGCUGGUUAAUACACAAAAGGACACAAAGUGCUGGAGUAAUUCAGCAGAUUAGGCCGCAUCUCUGGAGAACAUGGAUAGAUGAUAUUUCGGGUU